AUGCAGCCAGCGAAAUAAUAAUAAUAGUAGUUAUCAGUUUAGGCAUAAAAAGAAAGGGGUAAUAAAUCAGAUGAUUACUAGAUCGAUUAAAAGCUUAGAGAGAAGGAUAAUUAAAUAAAAAAGAAUAAGCUCUAAACAAAUUAAGUGAUGAAGAAGUAAUAGCUUAAUUAAAGGCAAAAGGAUUAGGAGUAUAUGGAACAAAAUAAGAGAAGUUAGAUAGAUUGAAGAAAGCUAAUGGUAUAUUUGUGAUGAAUAUAAAGGAAUUGAAAUUAAUAAUAAGUAAGAAUAGGUUCCUUAUUAUUAAUAAUAAUAAUAAUAAUAAUAAUAAUAAUAAUAAUAAUAAUAAUAAUAAUAAUAAUAAUAAUAAUAACAAUAAGCAUAAUAAGUAGUUGCUUAAUAAUAGGCUUAAUAACAGAAAGGAUCAGUUGUUGAUAAUAUCAAAAAAAUGGAAUAACAAAGAGAGGAACGUCGUAAAAAUAUGUAAGAAAUGAAAAGAGAGAAAGCAGAAAGAGAAGAGUAGAAUUAAAUACUAGGUAAAAAUGUUGAUGUAGAAUUUGAAAUCAUGAUUGAUAAAACUAGACUUAAAGGAGGAUUAAUAUAAGAACAUUAGACAACAUAAAAUAUCAAAUUAUGUGUAUGUGUUAGGAAAAGACCAAUCUUUAAAAAGGAAGAAGUUGGAGGUGAAAUAGAUGCUAUAAGUUGUUCAAAUCCUAUGAUAAGAGUGCAUGAACCUAAAUUAAAAGUAGAUGGCAUUACUAAAUAUGUAGAAAAUCAUGAUUUCUAAUUUGAUAAUACUUUCAGUGAAGUAGAAUAAGGCAAAGAUAUUUAUGAUGUUAGUCUAGCUCCAUUAAUGGAUUUAUUGGUAAAUUAAGGAGUUGUAACUUGUUUUGCUUAUGGACAAACAGGUUCUGGUAAAACUUAUACAAUGAAAAGCAUUUAGGAAUUAUUAGUCAUUGAUUUAUAUAAGUUAAUUAGUGCAACUCCUUCUUCUAAGAUAUUUGUAUCAUUUUUUGAAAUUUAUGGUGGAAAAUGUUAUGAUUUAUUAAAUGCCAAAUCACCAUUAUAAAUAAUGGAAGAUAAGAAUAAUAAUAUAUAAAUAUAAGGAUUAGUUGAAAAACCAAGUGAAUCAGAAUAGGAACUAUUCCAAUUAAUGGAAUUGGCUAAUUCAGUCAGGACAACUCAUGCAACUGCUGCAAAUGAUACAUCAUCAAGAUCUCAUUCAAUCUGUUAGAUUACAAUAAGAUAAGGGUAUUCAGAUAUUGGAAAAUUAAUAUUGGUUGAUUUGGCAGGAUCAGAAAGAGCAUAAGAUACAUAAUCAAAUAAUAGAUAAAGGAGAUUGGAAGGAGCUGAAAUCAAUAAAAGUUUAUUGGCAUUGAAAGAAUGCAUUAGAUCUAUGGAUUAAGGAUAAGCACAUAUUCCUUUUAGAGCAUCUAAGCUUACUUUGGUAUUGAGAGAUUCAUUUACUUCAAAAUCUAACAAAUCUAGAAUUAUAAUGAUAGCUUGCAUAAGUCCUGGAAGUUCAUCAGCUGAUCAUUCAUUGAAUACUUUAAGAUAUUCUGAUAGAUUAAAAGAUAAAUCAAAUUAAGCAAAGAUUUAAUUAGAAGAAAGAGAAGUUACAAAUGAAGAAUUAUUAUAUAGAUAGUAAUAAGGAUAUGAUAGAUAAUCAGAUAAUAAUAAUAAAUAAUUUGAUAAAUAAAAUCCUCCUUUAUAAUUACCAAAAAUUAAUGAUCCAAGAAAUUAAAAUAAUUAGAAUGCUGCUAAUUUGAAAAAGAAUUAAUCAUAAAUACCAGAUAAAGAGAAACCAAAAUCUUAACCUGUACCUCCAAAACAAUAGAAAAAAGUCAAUACAGUUUAAGAAGAUUCAGAUGAUGAUGUAGCAGCUGAAGAAUUAGUUAAUAAAAAGAAUGGUUAAGUUAAAGAAGAUCUUAGAUGCAUGAAAGAAACUAUGAUGAAAAAUGAAUAAAAUAAUGCAAAUGCAAAUGGUAUUGCCUUCUUUGAUUUUCAUGAAAAAGUGAAUACAAUUCUGGAAGAGUAAGAUGAAAUAUUAAAUAUUCAUAUGGCUGCCAUAAAAGUAUUAUGCGAUAUUUAUUAUAUAUUAGGAAGAUGCUAAAUUAUUACAAUAAGAAAGUGAAUUAAUUUAGUCAAUAUAGGGUGUUGGGAUUGUAGAUUAUGAUGUAGAUACUUAUGUUGGAAAUUUAGAAGCAUUUAUUAGAAAGAAACUUAAAAUUUAUAAUCUGUUGAAUAAAAAACUCUUAGUUUUUAAGUAAUUUAAUCAAUUAUAUAAAAUAGAACACAUUUGAAAGAGGAAGAAGAAAUCAGUUCUAAGAUGAAGAAUACCUUCUAUUAUUGA